GUCCCUGAGCUUGCCGAUGGAGUGGCAUCCCGUCCCCGAGUGGUUGCACCCUGGCAUCCGAUGGUUGCGUAGCUCGUGGCCCUUCUGUAACCUGAAGCGGAUACAGCGGAUUCAAAAGGCCUGCUGAUUCCCACCGUCCUAGUUUCCAAAGAGUUAACGACGCCGACUGUUCUCAUCAUCGCUUGUAUUAUUUGCCUCGUAUUCUGUGAAUGACAGAGAGGUAGAUGCAGAGGUGGAGCGUAAGAAGGGAGGGGGAGCGCGCGCACCGAGGCAGCCUGACAGCAAUCGGAGACAUCUGCGCCGCGUUCUUGCUGGAGACAGACUGAGACCGCACACGAGCGCAUCUGAAAGACCAAAAAGAUAAGGGCGAAAGGCGGACAAAAGAGGAGAAAAAGAAGACCCUGGUAGGCGAAUGCGAAAAGACUGGAUCGCGACUGCCGUUGCAUUCGCAUAAACGAGAGCGAAAGUAAAAAGAAGAAGAAGAAGAAGAUGCCACGAAAACUCUCGCUAGGAUGCAAAGGAAGGCGCAGACUCGCGGACUAACACGAGCUUCGGCUGACAUGGAAAGCGCUUGGCAUUUCUUGCUGGGUUUGAAGAGAUGAAAGUUUACUAGUGCGGAGAAAUAAACGAGGUAAUCAUAACACGACUUUCUAUACAUUGUGCUGCUGAAACCGUCCUAAGGAAGAUGUGAGGCCACGAGAGCGUCGCUAUUCAUCCUGCUUGAAAGGAACUACCCGAUCCUCAGCCUAUGGAGAGACCAUUCAUAGAGUGCUGACAUCCCAAGUGACCACACAUACUGAAGACCUGCCCAUGAGGCCACCACCUGUCACACUACCCUUAAAUGGCGAGGGAGGUCAGCAGUUUCCUUCAUAUUAUUUUGCCGUGUGAGCAUCUGAUUCUUAUUUAGUUGACUACUUUGACUCACUUUUGCAUUUUGGGAUAUUCACUCAGCAAAUCGAACACAAGUCAUUACAUUUCAUGACAGAAGACUAACUUUCCUGAGCUGGCAAAAAGGAUCAACACACCAGUUAAGGAAAAGAAUAAGCUAGCCAGUAUGAAUUAGGUGGACUCUGUCUUCAGGAAGACAUUUCUUCUCCCUUUCUCCUUCUAUCAAGCUUACAUCCAAAACCGUACUGCACAUUCAAGCCGUGGUGCACCAGAUAAGAAGCCCAUAAAUAAAGUCUCAGGAAUGUAGCAGAAUGAUGGGCUAGUUUGCAUUAACUCCUGAUUGCUGACAUGGCACCAAGCACAAUGAUGAUUUUGUCUAGUCCAAAGUCUGUCAUUGGUUUUCGUGAGAGGCAUUUUUGGAAGAGCAUUUUGGAUUUAUAUUAGAAGAAUAAAUGGAUCAACAUAUUGUCAUUCAAAGCCUGUAGUGGUGAAAGAGUCGUGGAACCCAGCUGGUUAUGAGGUGGAGAAGAUCCAUAGCACCCUAAACUCUGGGCUCUAGUCACAAUUUUAAUCUGUGUUACACCUUGCCAUCUCUAAUGCCCUGCUGUUGCCCCGUUGGUGUGGACCUUGCAGGAACUUGUUGUACUCUGGGCCUGUUUACCCCCUUGACCCAGUUGUUUUAGAAGUGCCUACUGCCUAAGGUUUUGACUUUUGCUUUUUUUGCUUUUUGUUUUUUAAGGGUUUGUAUAAAUAGACUGCACUGUGGAGCUGUGCAGGGCUGCCUUAAUCAUGUUCUUGCUGUGAGGUUGCCACCCCUGCUCUCUGUCACUUUGUGACCACCGUCCUUGUGUCUGCACCUCCCUCCUAUUCUUGCCUUAUGCCUAAAGGGUCACUCACUAGUGCCCCGCGGCCAUGCCAAUAUCUGUGAUGGCUGUGACCAACGCCAAGUCAUACUAUUGGGAAGUCUUUGCUCCAAUGCCCACUCGCCGGGUUUACUGCACCCCCGUCUAUGACACAGGGCUCUUGUAUGUGGUGGGUGGUUGCAGUGAGACAGGUCUGCCUUUAGAUACCACAGAAGUGCUGGACAUGGCUUCCCAGACUUGGACCACCCUACCACCGCUGCCUACCCCUCGUGCAGGAGCAGCAGUAGUCCUGGUGGGCAAGCAGCUACAUGUGAUUGGAGGAAUGGAUGGCGAACAGAGGCCACUUUCAUCAGUUGAGAUCUACAACUCAGAUGAAGGCAGGUGGGAGAAGAAGGCAAACUUGGGACAGCCCUCCAUGGGCAUUACAGCAUUGGAGACAGAAGGGAAGGUUUAUGCUUUGGGAGGAAUGGGAUCCGACACAUCUCCUCAGGCUCUGGUGCGUGUUUACAGCCCCGGGAAGGACCAGUGGCAGCCUCUCCCAUCCAUGCCAACUCCACGAUACGGUGCCAGCUCUUUUUUACGGGGGAAUAAGAUCUACGUUUUGGGAGGACGACAGGGUAAACUGCCUGUGACGGCCUUUGAAGCCUUUGACCUGGAAGUAAAAAGUUGGACUCGUUACCCCAGCAUCCCCAGCCGUCGUGCCUUUGCCUGCUGUGCAAUGACGGACAAGUGCUUCUUCAGCUUGGGAGGGCUUCAGCAGCCGGGACCCCACAACUUCUACUCCCGACCUCAUUUUGUGAGUGCAGUGGAAGUGUUUGACACCGAGCAAGGAGUUUGGAGCAAGCCAACACGCACAUUACGUAUGAGGGAGAAGCGAGCAGACUUUGUGGCAGGAUAUCUCGGAGGAAGAGUUAUCGCUGUUGGAGGUUUAGGAAAUCAGCCAUCUCCACUGUCAUCUGUGGAAGGUUACAACCCAGGGAAGAGAAAAUGGGAGUAUCUGGCCCCUAUGCCAAGCCCUCGGUGUUCAUGUGCAGGACUUCAAACUGAACACAUUCUUUUUGUCAUCGGAGGUGUGGCUCAGGGUCCCAGCAAUGCUGUGGAAGGACUUUGUAUAAGGGAAUGUGUGUAAAACAGUGUGGAAAUAUAAUUGCUUUAUUCCCACUACUGCCACCAACACUCAGAAAAAAAACAAAACAAAAAAAGUCUCUGUCUUGCCACUCCAAUCUGCAGAAAGCACACAAGAGCGUGGAACUCUUUUUUCUGUCUGCAGUUGUUCAGUAGGCUUGUGGUUUUUGGUUUGGUGUGCAUUUAGAUUAGCAGGCAACAAUGUACAAAAUCGUAGAUCUCACUUUAGCCUAAAGCUCUUGAGCUUUUAGCAUAAACCAAGAUCUCAGUUUUGCUUAGGAUGUGGGUGGGUGGCCAAGAACAGUAGGUGAUGUGAAGUCAAGGUUCUCUUCAAAGUACCAUAUUCAUGGAGAGGUGUGGGAGCCCAUGGAAAUGUGCAUUACCCUUUGUCAAAGGGAGCACAGGGCUGAUCAGAGACACUGGAAAAGGACUUCUUAUUAGCAAGGAAGCCUUACACAACUCACAUCUGCACUUCUUGGGGUUCAAAUUUGCUGACUACAAAGUGUUGUAGGAGCAGUUGUCGCUUUGUAAUAUUGUAGUAAAUUUGUCCUUUUUGAAAGUAGCUUUCUAAUGCAAGUAAUGGUCCUUGAAAUAAAGUUUAAAUUUGUCAAUUUUC